GAGCAGGGAGUACCCAAUCCGACGGGUGAUACUCUGCUCAAAUCUCAGCAUCGGCGUGAUAAAACAAAUGAACGGGAACGAAUUCGAACGCGCAAAAUUAAUAAUGCAUAUGAUAGACUCCGGGAACUAGUUUCUUUAAGGCGAGGCACUGCACAAAAACUUUCGAAAAUUGAAACCCUGUUGGUUGCAAAGGAAUAUAUCGAGGCACUAAACCAAACAGUGCAUAGCGAACCUCGGCCAGCGAUUGCACCUGGCUCUGGCAAAUCAUACAUCGACGAAUGCCAGCGUAUACGUGAUGAUUCGCUUAAAAGAGUAUUGUACUCUCGUAUACAACGAGAAACAGCAACAGCGCCUACGCACCAGCAGUGA